AUGUCCACGGAUGCCGAUGUGAUGGCUACCAUUAAGAAGAUUAAUACGCACGGUUACGGUAACCGCGCGUCGGAUCGAGCGCCGUUGAAAGCGCUUGUCAAGAAGGUCAAGAAGAAAUUCUGGGACUCUGAGUAUGGUGAAAAGGACGCGACUGGACUCAGUCUGGCUCAGGCUGUUGCCAAUAACAUCAAUGAGAUGGGCGUGUCUGCGUUCGUGUAUUGGCAACCGUUUGACGGCGGUGGCUGGGGCCUCAUCAACUCGGCUCCGGGCAACAUGACCAUUGACACGGCCAACCCGAAGUACUACGCUUUGGCACAGUACUCACGCCACAUUCGACCCGGUAUGACCAUCUUGUCAACGGAUGAUCUAAAUACCGUCAUGGCUUAUGACACAAAGUCCAAACUGCUCGUGCUCACUACGGUGAAUGCGGGUGAUGCAGUUUCGAAGGUCACAUACGAUUUGGCGAGCUUCAAGGCCGUUGCUGGACCUGCUUCGGCUUGGACGACGGAGACGAGCGGCAAGGGAGCGCUGUAUAAGUCGUCAACAGUGAAGCUGUCUAGUUCGACGUUCAGCGCAUCGAUUCCAGCUGCGUCGGUGAUGACAUUCGAGAUUGAAGGGGUUGCUAUGUAAGAAGCUUUAGUACAUUGUACGGAUUGCGAGUUGCUUGCCAGGUGCGCUAGCUAAAGCUGGGUUCCAAGUUCACCUUGGUAAUCGCUUGUUUCAAUUGCUUAUUGUUCUGUUCAACGAUUUCCCAACUUG